ACUGGAAACAGCUCGGGCUGGAUGAUUUGUGGCUGGUGGAAGGCAUCCUCUGCUCUUUUGCUAAGUGGUAGUAUGAAGCUCGUAGAAUUUACAACAGAAAAAUAAUUGUUAGCUGAGCAGCAGAAAAGGAAGAAAAAGGCUGUUACUGGGUAUACAGAAUGGCUCCACAGUCAGAACCUACACUGGGACAACCGAAAACUGGUGCCAGUAUCCCACAGCUUUUUACCUGGGAAGAGAUUGGAAUUCACUCAGGUCAGGGGUCUUCCAAGCAAGACCAAUGGCUGGUCAUCAACAGGAAGGUUUAUGAUAUCAGCAAUUUCUACCGGCAGCAUCCAGGUGGAAGCCGCGUCAUCAGCCAUUUUGCAGGACAGGAUGCUACGGAUGCCUUCACAGCUUUUCACAAGGAUGAAACUUUGGUGAAGAAAUACUUGAACUCAUUGCUGAUUGGAGAACUUGCAUCAGAUCAACCUUGUUGUGAGCCCAGCAAAAAUGAGUUGCUAUUAAAGGAUUUUCGUGAUCUCUGUGUUACUGUCAAGAAGAUGGGACUCAUGAAUUCCAAUUAUCUCUUCUUUGGCCUCAUGUUUCUUCACAUCAUUCUGUUGGACAUUGCUGCCUGGAUGAUUAUCUACUAUUUUGGAACUUCCUGGGUGCCUUUUAUUUUCAGUACGCUGACAUUUGCAACUGCUCAGGUCCAGUAUGGUUGGUUUCAACAUGAUCUGGGGCAUAUCUCAGUCUUCCAGGGCACCAAACAGAAUCGAUGGUUUCACAUGCUUGUUAUGGGAACCCUCCAGGGUGGACCAGCUAGCUGGUGGAACCAUAUGCACAACCAGCAUCAUGCUAAACCCAACUGUUAUCGCAAGGACCCAGAUCUCAAUAUGCACCCCCUCUUGUUCAGCCUAGGGAAGAAACUGUCUCGAGAGCUUGGGAAAAUGAAGAAGAAAUCCAUGCCUUAUAACUACCAGCACAAGUACUUCAGUGUGGUUGCUCCAGGAGCAGUUGUUCCUUUCUUUCAAUUGAUUACAUUCUACUUCAUAUACACAAGGAAAAAAUGGUUGGAGUUCUUUUUCAUGUUGACCUUCUACAUCCGGAUUUUUCUCAUGUAUAUACCUUUAAUGGGAUUUAAGGUCUUUAUGGCGCACUAUUGGAUAGCGAGGUUCCUGCAAGGUUCUUGGUUCAUCUGGGUCACCCAAAUGAACCACAUCCCAAUGCACAUUGACUAUGACAGGAAUUUAGACUGGGUCUCUGCUCAGCUGGCUGCAACAUGUAAUGUAGAACAAUCUUGGUUCAAUGACUGGUAUACUGGGCACUUGAAUUUUCAGAUUGAACACCAUCUCUUUCCCAUGAUGCCUCGACACAACUACUGGAAGGUGGCCCCCCUGGUGAAAUCCCUCUGUGCCAAGCAUGGUGUUGACUAUCAGACCAAGUCACUGCUCACUGCCUUUGCAGACAUUUUACACUCUCUGAAGGAAUCAUCAGAACACUGGGAGAAUGCCUAUCUCCACGGCUAAGAAGAGGCAGGGCCUCAGGAAGGAAUCUACUCAUGCUGUCCUCUAACAUUACAGCAUGAAUAAAUCUGGUGGGACAGGAUGGUCUAACUAUGCAGUUAGGGAAUAGAGUAAAUCUAAGGAUAAUGUAGAAUUUCCCUUUUUGCACCAACAUCUGAUUUGCUAGUCUCUUGAGGUUUAUGCAUGAAGUCCAGGAGGGGGGCUUCACCGGAGAUAGAGAAGGAAAUUUAGGAUUGGAAAGCACAGUUUCUCAGUUAUCCUCUUCUGCUUAUUGGGGAGUAAAAGCAAAUCAGCUCCACUUCUGUUUUAGGGUCCUACCAUGCUGCAUAUUGUAGGAUUAAUGAGCCUAGGAGUAGUAUUUAUUUAUUUAAUUUAUUUAUUGGAAUGUAUACUAUGCCCUAUAGGGAAGUCUCAGGGCAGCUUAAUAAUUAAAAGCAACAAUAAAAGCAUCAUAUAAAACAAUCCUAAAAACCAUAGAUCUACCCAUCCACACACCCUCCCCAACCCCAAACCAGCAGCCACCAGAGUGAACAUCGAGGGCAUCAAAGGCUGAAGGCCUGGGUGAAUAGGAAGGUAUUUGCCAGACACCAAAAAGCAUAAAGGGUCGGCACAUGGUGAAUUACCAGGGGAAGGCUGUUUCAUAGUCUCGGUCCAGCCACAAAGAAAGCCCUCCUGUGUAUUACCAGCAUAUGAAGGGAUCACCAGGAGAGCUCCCCUGUGAAGGAAAACAGUAUGCACAUUUCUUUGCUUUUGGUAUACUUAUGUCAAUUAAACUGUUAAAAUAGUGUACAGGUUUAAGCCUCAUAGGUUAAAAAAAAAGUCUGAGCCAUUAUGUAGCUUCUUACAUUUAAGCUAUUUCCGCAUGGGAAAAUAGUACCUGUGUACCACCAGGUUUUUUAAAAAAACUUGAGUCUAUUUUAUUCUGCUUUCUCCCUCGGAGCCAAGUUGGGACUGGGAGGUAAUACUCCAGUUCGUUCCACACAAGCCUGGGUCUUUUGUAUUUACACCACAAGUGCAUCCCUGUUGAUUGGUCGUCCCAGAGUGAUGAGGUGGUAAAAAUAAACUGGUUCUGCUCCCAUGGUGUUUGCAUGGCAGCGGGGUCACCCUGGGAUAUUUUAAAAGAAUCGCCAAUUUUGCAUUUUUUGAAAAUCACAGGGUAUGGGAAAUAUUGUGGGGCAACUCCAGGGCAGGCCUGCUUUAGGACCAGGAACUGUGCAGAAACAUUGGCUGCACAGGGAUAUUUCUCUUGCUUAACCCAGGAUAUUUUGACCAUGCAGAAACGGCCUUAGUCUGCAAGAUACACUAACCAUGUGGAGUUUUUUUAAUUUCAUAUGACAUUUUUUCAUUUAAAAGCAUCACCAUGUGCAUUAGAUAUGUUGAAUUGUUAGCUUGUUACCUCAGGAAUUCUCAAUAAUUCAAUAAUGAUUUUGUAAACAGAAAUGUUUGUGUUAGGGUAUUGCAUACAAAGUCUUUAGUAUUUGUUGGCUGAAGAGGAUUGAUUGCUUAAAAGAAUAGGGUUUCAGAGGGUAGCUGUGUCUGCAGUAGAACAGCAAGAUUUGAGUCCAGUAGUACCUUAGUGACCAACAAGAUUUUUGGAUUUUUGGUAUGACAUCUGGACUCAGAUCUGAAAGAAAGGAGCUACUCCUCUGCAGCCAACAAAUACUAAAGCCUUUGUUUGCAAUACCCUAACAUAAACAUUUCUAAUUACAAAAUCAUUAGAGAGCAUCAGUGUCAUAGUGGUUAAGAGCAGGUGUACUCUAAUCUGGAGGAACUGGGUUUGAGUCCCUGCUCUGCUGCUCUGCUGCUUGAGCUGUGGAGGCUUAUCUGGGGAAUUCAGAUUA